AUGCAACGCCAGCCUCCCCUCAUGACAUUUUUACGCUGCUGCUCACGCAGUAUCGCCCUUAAUACAUACCCAGGGAAAGGGCUACUACGGAAAUUCUCUGGCACUGCUGCAUCAAGUCGUGGUGCGCCAAUCCUCUCUGAAGGUACGGCAGCUGGAGUCCAAAGUUUUGAGGAAAAACGAAGGGCAUUCCGCGCACGAUUAUCGGAGCUAAGAUCUGAUGAGUUCUCAGAAUCGGUGGCAGAAGCUAGCCCUAAGGAAGUUGAAGGAACUGAGGGGAAACUAAGUUCCCUGAUAUAUGGCACCAAAGAGGGCCGAGAUCUAGAUCGACAGAUUGAAGCUUCGUUUAGUCAAAUAAUUGCGCGAGGAAAAUAUGUACACUCGAUCGUUUUCCACGAAGUGAAGCCGGACAAGGUAGAUGAAUACACUGAACUAGUCGGUGGCUGGUAUCCAAAAAUGGCUGAAAUGGCCGACAAUAAGGUCAAUCUAGUAGGUAGCUGGCGAACAGUGGUUGGAGAUUGCGAUACCUUUGUUCAUAUCUGGGAAUACCAACGCUAUUCAGGUUACCACGCUUCUCUUCACUCCAUCGCUUCCCAGCCCGGCUCCAGUGCCUUUGAUAAAAAGCUUAAGUCUUUAAUUACCACCAAAAAAUCUUCUCUAAUGCAGGAGUUCUCUUUCUGGCCGACCACUCCACCACGUCAGCUUGGAGGUGUUUUUGAAUUACGUUCUUACACCCUGAAGCCGGGCUGUCUCCUAGAGUGGGAGAGCCAUUGGCGUCGCGGUCUCGAGGCAAGAAAAGAACUGAUGGAGGGAGUUGGUGCUUGGUUUGUCCAAAUUGGGGCUCUAAACACAGUGCAUCAUCUCUGGCAGUACGCAGACCUAGAGGAACGUAAGAUUCGCCGUGAGAAGAGCUGGAGUGUCGAAGGUUGGGGAGAAACGGUUUACAAAACAGUCCCUUUGAUUCAAAAUAUGCAAAGCCAAAUUUUGAUGCCAUGCGAGUGGAGUCCGGUAGCUUAG